AUGGUGGCUGUUAAGGAUCUUUUUAAAGAAAAAAUAGAUUUGGCAUCCUUUUCAGCUAUGAAAUUCAGUAUUAAAACAGGUCAUGACUUGUUGUUUGCUUCACCUCUCAAAGUGCAUUGGGCAAAGUUUGUUUGGGAGAGAUUUUAUAUACCAAAGCACCGGUUUAUACUGUGGUUAGUUAUGCUUCAGAGAUUGUGUACCAGGGUCUUCAUCCGCAAUUACAACUCAACUUUGGAUCCAUCUUGUCUAUUCUGUGGAGAACAUAAUGAAGAUAUUGAUCAUCUCUUUUUUCAGUGUAAAUAUAGCAAGCAAUGUCUAUUACAGGUGAAGAAAUGGUUGGGUUGGAAAGUAAAAGAAGAGGAUUAUGAGAACUUGCUGCAAUGGAUAUUCAAAACAAGGAGAUGGAGCAAAUUUCGAAAAAGUAUCUUGACAGCUCUUGUUGCUUCCUUGAUUUAUCACAUUUGGAGAGUGAGGAAUGACAUACUAUGGUCACAAAAGGUUUGGUCUACAGCUCAUACGGUCCAAGAAAUACAAAGAGAUAUUAGUUUGCGGAUAUACACUAUAAUACCAAACAAGACAAAUCAUUUAGAUAGAGAUUGGUUUCAUGCUAUUUGUAAAAAUAUCUAG